AUGUUGCUACUCUCUCGGACCGCGAUUGGGCAUUCUCUGCGGGCAGGCUCGCGCUUUGCGGGGCUGCACACCUCCCGCGUCGCGCUUGAGGAAGCCGCGCUGGACAGGGCCGAACGGCUCAAGGCUCGAUUCUGGAAGACGGUCUCGCUCGCACCGCCCUCGUCCGAGUGCGAUGGAUUCAGGGUGUUGCUCGAUGACAGGGCGAUCCGUACGCCGAGUGGACAGACGAUUGUCGUCCCCAAAGAGCGGGAGUUGCUGGCGACGUGCAUGGCCCAGGAGUGGAAUGAACAGGACAAAGUGCUCAAACCCCACGCACUGCCGCUGACGAGUCUGGCUGCGAGGGCGUUGGAUGCGUGCUCGGAUAGCAGCGAGCGCGUGGGCAUCCAGGGCGAUCUCCUGCGCUACCUCGAAAACGAAACCAUCUGCUUUCAAGAGACGCAACCAAAGGCACUGGUGGAGCUGCAGGAACAGCACUGGCAACCGCUCCUCGCCCACGUCAACCAGACCUACGGUGUCAAGAUCACACCCUUCACCGGGCUGCUCGGAAACAGCCAUCCGCGAGGAACGCUCGACACGUUCGCGGACCAUCUGGCUAGGCUGGACCACUUUGACCUCGCCGCAUUCGAGCGCAGCGUGAUGCUCACCAAGUCGUUCCUCAUCAGCCUCGGCCUUGUCUCGCGCCAUCUUUCGGUCGAGCAGGCGGCACAGGCGGCAGAGGUGGAGGUGCAGAGCCAGAUCAACCGCUGGGGCGCCGUCGAGGACAGCCACGAUGUAGACGAGGCCGAAAUGCGCCGCACACUAGGUUCGGUCGCCAUCACCACGGUUCGCAAUUGA